AUGACAACCACAAUGCCAGCCGCUGGCACCGAAAUGCCAAUCCGGUCGCAGUCUGUCCGGACACGGCGCCCGCCCACAGGCACCCGCCCCGACCCUCUGCCACGGUCCGAAUCAUCUACGAGAGCCGAGGCGUCGCGCCCGUCACGCACGAGAAGCCAGCGCUCGACAAAUGCCCCGUCUCCUCGUCACCCCCAGCAGCCUGACGCCUCGGCUGCUCCCCCAAGCCACCACGCCGAAGAGCACCGCGGCGAUGGCACUUCAACCGACCCCCGGAGGCACCACACCUCCAAGCACAAAUACCGUACCAUGAUUCCCGCCCCUUCGGGCAAUUACACCUUUAUCAAGACCAUUGGCCAGGGCAGCAUGGGCAAAGUCAAGCUGGCCAAAAAGGAGGUCACAGGCGAACUGGUUGCUUGCAAGAUUAUCGAGAGAGUGUCGCCCGACGAUGGUCGCCAGAGCAGGGAGGAGAGAGAGAAGGCGGAUGCUGCCAGGGAAGACCGAAAUGCGCGCGAGGCUGCCAUCGUCAGCCUGCUCAACCACCAGUACAUCUGCGGACUCCGGGACAACCUGCGAACGAGAUGGCACUGGUACAUGCUGUUUGAAUACGUUAAUGGCGGUCAAAUGCUGGACUACAUCAUCUCUCAUGGAAAGCUCAAAGAAAAGCAGGCUCGGAAAUUCGCCCGCCAGAUUGCAAGCGCCGUCGACUACUGCCACCGAAACAGCAUUGUCCACCGGGACCUGAAGAUUGAAAACAUCCUCAUCAGCAAGACGGGCGACAUUAAGAUUAUUGACUUCGGCCUCAGCAACCUUUUCUCGCCGGACGAGGACAGGAAAUUGAAGACCUACUGUGGCAGUCUGUACUUUGCCGCCCCCGAGCUGCUCCAGGCGAAACCCUACACUGGCCCAGAGGUUGAUGUCUGGAGUUUCGGUGUCGUGCUUUUCGUGUUGGUGUGCGGAAAGGUGCCCUUUGAUGACCAGUAUAUGCCCGCCCUCCACCAAAAGAUCAAGAAGGGUGCUGUUGACUACCCAAGCUGGCUGUCUAGUGAAUGCAAGCAUCUGAUCUCGCGGAUGCUGGUGACGGAUCCAAGACAACGUGCUACCAUGCAUGAGGUCAUGAACCACCCCUGGAUGCUCAAGGGUUACAACGGGCCACCCGAGAAUUAUCUCCCGCAGCGUGAACCCCUGUCGCUCCCGCUCGACAACGAAGUUAUUGCAAAGAUGACAGGCUUUAAAUUUGGCCCUCCAGAAUACAUUAGGGAGGAGUUGACCAAGAGAAUCAAGUCUCCAAAAUACCAAGCGGCUGUCAGACGGCUCGAAAGGGAGAGGGAGCAACCGCAGCCCACACCCAAGGACGUCGAGAAGAGACGUGGCUUUGGGUUUGACUUUUACAAGAGGAGGAACUCAGUCACCAGCCGGGACACACUAACCACCGCCAGCUCCGAGGGUCUUCCGAUUGGUGAUGACCCGCUGAACGCUUUUGACCCUCUAAUUUCCAUCUAUUAUCUCGUGCGGGAGAAGCUAGAACGCGAGCGUGAGGGCCAGGCCGCCCAGGCUGGUCCACCAGCGGCGCCACCCAAGGUUCAAGUCCCGCCAUCACCACAGCAGGCCCAGCCCCCACCGGUGCCCCCAUCUCCAAUUGUACGACCCAAGGAGAAGCACUCUCUUGCCGAGAUCGUACCCCCAGCACCAGCUCACACCGACGGCGGACGUGGAACCCGAACCAGGGCUAGGUCCCACAGCGAGGAGCAAACCAGAGAACCCGUCAAGAAUGGGCUCUUGUCGCCUGACAUGAUCCCCCAAAAGAAGGAGAGCACUGCUGCUGGCAUCUUCCGACGACUCAGCACCCGCGACAGAAAGAAGGACGUCGGCGAUCCUACUGGCAAGUCUAUUCAAAAGUCGGUCUCUAUGCGCGCCAAAUCGCUCGGCCACGCCCGCAGGGAAAGCAUCCAAGCGCGGCGGGCGAAGCGGGAGGCCGAGGCAGCCCGAGGCGAUGCGGCGCCUGCCACCGCGCUACCUGUGCGGGAGGAAACCGACGCUGAACUGGGCGAGCUCGACAAUGACAACGGCGGCGAGACAAGCGGCGGUUCCCACGAGCGUCUUGAGCCAGAGGAUCCCGACCUUGCCAAGCCUGUCUUCCUCAAGGGCAUUUUUAGCGUGUCGACUACCUCGACAAAGCCACUGGUGGAGAUUAGGGCGGAUAUCAAGAGGGUCCUGAGGGCGCUUGGGGUGGAUUACAAGGAGAUCAAGGGUGGGUUUAGAUGCGCGCAUAGUCCUAGCAUUGCCGAGCGUCAGCCUCAGUAUGACCGGUCAAGGUACAGCCAUCAGAGCAGUGAUGAGAGGAGAGGUGGUGGAAGCAGGGGCAUGGACGAUGGGGAGAUCAAGUUUGAGAUUUUGAUUGUCAAGGUCCCUAUCGUGAGCUUGCAUGGUGUGCAGUUCAAGAGGGUGGGCGGUGAUACUUGGCAGUAUAAGGCGAUGGCGGAGCAUAUUGUGAGGGAGCUGAGGUUGUAG